AUGAAUGAUAAAAGACGUGAUUGUAUCAUGGAGACAAUACCAUGUGGACAUGAUUACACAACAACUUCAAUACAUCAUCAUGGAACAAACAUCAAUUUGGAAAAUAAUCCUAUGCAAACUUUCGAAAAUACUACUUCACCUUAUUUUCUUAAUUCAAAGCCAAUCGAUCGGUUGAUGGCCAACACAUCCGGUAUAUAUAUGAAUAAGAGUCAUUAUAAUGAAAAUACAUCAGGUGUUUUGAUGAAUGUAGAAAAUUCUCAACAUACAGACAGUGCAAUACAUACUUUGGUUAGUAAUAGUAAUAGUAAUACUACUACUACUACUACUACUACUACUCCUGGUGUGAAUACUACAAAUGCUGGAAAUGACGAUGCAGAUGUAACAAUGUGUAUAUGUCCAGUUUGUGGUUUCUCUGCAUCAUCCCCACGUAGACAAGAUGAACAUAUGGAAUUAGUACAUGGUGAUGUAACAGUAUCUAAUAUUUUGACAACCAGUAACUUAACAUCAAUCACACCACCAACAUCAACAAUGAUAACAAUGAAUCAAGAGAAUUCUGACAGUCCUAAAUCAUCUAUAAAAUCUAUGAAAUUAGAUUGGCCUUUAGAAAUGAAUAACUCAACAUCUUUUGAUUUUUUUCAAUCACAUCAACCAUCAAUAAAUUUACAACAACAAAAUUAUCAUUCAUAUAAUUCGUUUGCAUUACAAGCAUCAUCUACACCACAACGUGUAAAGUUUUGGUCAACAGAACCAGAACAAAUAAAUUCAUCAUUAACAACAACAACGGCAACAGCGGCAACUGAACAAAUGCUUAAAAAUCAAAAGUUAGAUAUUGUAUAUAGUAAAAAUCAUAUUAAUUGUUGCCUUACUACUACUACCACUACUACUAAUACUAAUACGAACAGUGUGGGAGGGACUAUUGAUAAAUUUAAAGUAAUUUCCACAAACACCGGUAUUAAUCCUGGUACUACAAGUACAACUUAUACUAUUGCGACGAUAACAACGACUUGCUCAAACAACUCACCAUCGUCAACAUCAUCAUCAUCAUCUACAACAGAGAUUCAUUCAAAAUUUAAAACUUCAAAAAUGACAAACAAUAAUAAUAAUGAAAUAAAAAAAUCUGAGAAAUCUCGAUCAUAUUCAUCAUCAUUGAAAAAUGGUAAAUCUAAGGAGAAACAAAAAUGUUUCUCAUUAUCAUCGUCGACAUUAUCCUUAUCAACAUCUUCAUCACCAUCUUCAUUGUUAUCAAUAACCGCAUCUCCAUCGUCUAUUACAACAAUCACAACCACAAUAGGAACGGGAACAGCGAUUAAAGCAAUCACAGUUGGAGAUGAUGAUGAUCAUCAUCAUCCAGUUGUGAAAAAAGUCGAUUCAAGAAGACGUUAUCGAUGUAACAUUUGUCCAACAACAUUUCCAUGGCAUGGUGAUCUAACAGAACACUUACGCUCUGUGCAUGGAAUGCAAAAAUCCCGUGAAAAUGCACGCAAUGGUAAAGCUGGAAGUUUUUGUUGUAGUCAUUGUAAAUAUGUAGCAAAAUAUCAAAGUGAACUAAAUCGUCAUAUGCGAUUACAUUGGGGUGUUAAACCAUUUAUAUGUGUUUUUUGUCCAUAUCGUAGUGCAUGGAAAGGUGAUUUAAAACGUCAUAUGGAAUCACAUCAUAGAGAACGUUUUACAUGUGAAACAGAAUUAAUUAAAAUUAUGUCACAAUUUAAAAAUAAUGCUGGUACAAGAACAUCAGCAUCAGUAACAGCAUCAUCAUCAUCAUUGACUAGUGGUUAUGGACAAACUUCCACAUUGCCUAUUUCACAAUUUGAUAUAACAACAGAAAGUAGUGAAGGAGAUAAUACAAGUGAUCGAUAUAAUUGUUUACAUAUUGAUGAUGAAGAGGAAAAUAUUAUAAUUACUACUACUAGUACUACCACUGCCACUACCACUACUACUACUACUACUACUACUACUACUACGAGUAAUAAUAGUAAUAAUAAUAGUAGUAAUAAUAGUCUUAGUAUUGAUGUUGAAAAUUCAGAUAACAGUUCCAAUGAAGAUGAUGAUAAAAUGAACUCAAGUAUUAAAUCAUAUUCACGUAAACAUUCAUUAAAAACUAAUUACUCACUAUUACAUAAUGAAUCAAAUAGUAUGGAUACUAUCAAUAAUAUGACUGGUAAUAAUAAUAAUAAUAGUAGUAUUAAUGGUACUGUAAAUCUUACUAAUACCUUAUCUAGUACUAUGAUUAAUAAUUAUCUACCUCAAAUGACAACAACUGAAAAUAGUUUAAUUUGUAAUAUUUGUUCAUAUCAUGCACAAAAUCAAAGUAAAUUUAAAAAUCAUAUGGCUAGUCAUAUAAAUUUAAAACAAUUUAAAUGUCCAAUAUGUGGACAACGAAGUAAUUAUAAAUGGGAUAUUACAAAACAUUUAAAAAAACAACAUCCAAAUAGUAGUCAAUUACCAAUUACAAUAAUUAAUAAUGAUAUAGAAACAAUUGAUGAACAAUAUAUGAAUACAUCUAUUGGAUCAAUACCAAUCUCUAUAACAAUGUCUUCAUUAUCAUCAUCAUCAUCAUUGCCUAUGACUUCAUUCAUCAAUUCACAAUCUUGUUCUUCACAAAUACAAUCAUGUAUAUUACCAACUCAAUCAUCAAUUGUUUCAUUUAUUCCAUUAACACAACAAUUAACAGUAUUCUCUCGAUCACAGAACACAUCAAUAACACAAUCAUCAUUAACAUCAUCAACAUUGUCACAUUUAUCAUGUUUAUCUGGAAUUUCAUCAAAAUCCAAUGAAAUUAUUUCAUUAGAUAUUGAUUGUAAAAAUUAUUCAAACAUUUCAGAUAUACAAAUGACAUCAAAUGAUCCUUUGAAUUUAAUUGCAUAUUCAUCUACAAAACAAUUAUCAUUAACAUCUUCAUCAUCAUCAUCAUCAACAUCAGCACCAGCAUCACCGUCUAAGAAUUCUUCAUUAAUACAAAAUGAUAAAGAUGAUGAUAUAUUAUCAGUUAAUGAUUCAUUACCAAUUGAUCUUUCAAUUGGAUAUCCUCAUAAAAAUAACAAAUAUGAUGAUAUUAAGAACCCUAUAUUACUUACAAACACAUGUUCAUCAUCAUCACCAUCAUCAUCAUCGGAAUUAAUGUCAAAAAUUCCAUUCGGAAACAAUCAUCAUUAUGCUUAUCCAAAUUUUUCUACAGAAUUAAACAAUGGUAUUUAUUCAGCAACAAAAUGUUUUACCACGACAACAACAGCAACCAUAACAUCUCCUAGUAUAAUUACUUCUAAUUCGACUAUUACGACUGACAAUACAUUAUCGGAUACAAGAUUUAAUUAUCCUAUUUUAUCUAAUUCACAACAGAAUAUUACGCAUAAUAUUACUAAUACUAUUACCAGUAAUAAUAAUAAUACUUCAAUGAUAUCACCGUAUGCAAUUGGUUCAUUAAUUUCUGACCCAUUAAAAACUAAUGCAUCGUCAAAUCCAACGAUUAAUUUACUAUUCAAUAUUCAACAACAGGUUUUAAUGACUGGUCUCUUGCAAACAUGGCAACAACAACAACAACACAGUCAAAGGUAUCACGAAUUAAAGCAACAACAACAAUCAGAACAACACAAGAAUCUAACUAUGCAUUAUGAUACACGUGGAGGAGUAACAACAUAUUCUGAUAAUAUUAUUAAUAUGACAUCACCAAUUACACCUACGAUACUGACAAACCUUUCGCCUAGUAAUAAUAAUAAUAAUAAUAAUGUAACACAAAUUACUAGGACAGUAAGUGCUUCGAAUACAAUAUUCACUGGUACUACUACAACAAAUACUACUGUCACUAGUACUACAAUGGCUACCUCUAAUACACCAUAUCAUACAAUAUUUAGAUCAAUAGCAAAUCAUCAAUUAUCCGAAUUAUUACCACCAUCGAUUACAACAACAGUUCAAUCACAAAUGAAUGAAAAUUUAAGUAUUGAUUUUACUAAACAUAAUAAAUUAAGAAAUAAUCAAUUAUCAAUGAAUUGGGAAAAUAUAAAAUCCACAUCAGAUUGGUCUAUACCAUCAAGUAUUGAUUCAUUAGAAUUAUCGAAUAGUUUACAAAUUCAAAAUCAACCAAAAAAUCUAUUACAUGUUAAUCGAUUUUUUACACCAGGUAGAAGAAAAGAAUCACAUCGUUUAUUAACUAGAAAUAAUACUGGACGUAAAUCUGCACCAGUUACUAGUUUAUUUAAUUGUCGUUUAGAUGUAAAUAAUCCUAUUUGUACUGUUACUAAUAUAAGUAAUAAUAAUAGUACUACUACUACUAAUAAUAAUAAUAACAAGGAAGAACAAUGGAAACGAUUUCAAUGUUCAGGUUGUGGACAUCGAUCAAAUUGGAAAUGGGACAUAAAUAAACAUAUUAAAGUUGCACAUCCAGAACGUACAAACAUUAUAACAAUUACAUUAGAUUUAGAAGAUGCUAAAAGCACGUAUAAUGAAUAUAUGAAUCGAAUGAAAUUAUCACGUAGUCGAUAUUUAACUGAAACAAAUCCAGAUAUAUCAACAAAUUCUAAUCCAUGGAUAACUUGUGUUGGAUUGACUGGAACUACUAGUUGUAGUACUACUACUACCACUGCUACUACCACGAUUACAACGACUACUGGUGAAGGUUAUUACAGACCAUUUAAAUGUUCUGUUUGUGGUCACAGAAGUAAUUGGAAAUGGGAUGUCGGUAAACAUAUAAAACAAAUUCACAAUGGAAAUGGAGAAGUACAGACAUUGAGUUUAGAAGAAGCUAGACGAACUAUACAUCAAUAUAAAAAUCGAAGACGUCAGCAUCACCAUCAUCAUCAUCAUCGUCUUACUGAUUUAACAAUUAAAUGUGAACCAAGCUUUUGUAGUUCAUCUGAAUCAAAUGUUAAUCUAUCACCUAUAUCUUUAUCAGUUGGUGAAGGUAUUGUUGAUUUGCCUGUUUCAUCAACCUCUUCCUCUUCCUCUUCUUCCUCCUCUUCAUCAUCAUCUUCAACAUCUAAACAAAUUAUGCAUAAAAAUGAUGAAGAAGUAAAAAUCGAUUAUAAUCAUCAAGAUAAUAAAUUUCCUUUAUCUUUUGAAUGUAGUCCACUUAAUUUAACUAUUAAUCAUUCAAGUCCUAUAAAAAUAACAAAAUAUUGUAUAAAUAAAUCAAAAUCAUCUAUUUAUCAAAGACAAAAUAGAUUAUUUCUAAAAUUUGGAUGUAAAUUUUGUUCGAUUAAAUUAAAUUCAUGGAAAUCUAUCAUAUUUCAUAUUUAUAUGAAACAUUGUCAACAAUUAAUGGUUCCAUUGACAACUUGUAUUCAUAAUAAUAAUAAUAAUAAUAAUAAUAAUAGUAAUAGUAAUACUAAUAAUAAUAAUGAUUAUCCCUUAAAAUAUUUACCUGUCAGAUUACGAUUUAUCAAUGAAUAUACAAAUCAUAAUCUAAUUAAUUUCAAACCUUUAAAAUUUUUAAAACAUCAUUUUAAUAUUUUAAAUCAACCAGUUAAUUCAAUGAAUAAAACUAAAUCAAAAUAUUCAAAUAAGGCAGUAUCUUGUGUUCGAUUCAAUCAAUAUAAUAAUCAAUAUUCAACAGAAAACAAUAAUAAUCAAUAUAUAAAUAAUAUAAAAAUCAAUUCAUCAUUUCCUAUAAAUAAAUCAAUAAAAUCAAAACAGAUCACAAAUUUUAUUGAUUAUAAUUCAUUAAAAUAUAAUAAAAUUUUAAGAAAAUAUCAAUAUUUUAUAGAACGACAAUAUAAAUAUCAAAUGAAUAAUAAUUCUAAUUCAUUAUUAAAUAUAAAACAAUUAAAAUCAAAUUCUUCUGAUUUAUUAUCAACUAUUAAAAAUACUAAUCAUCUUCAUCAAGAUCAUCACCAUCAGCAACAACAUCAUCGCCAAGAACAUGAUCAUCAACAACAUCAACAUCAUCGUCAUAAUCAUCGACCAUUUCGUAAUUUAAUUAGUUCAAAUCAACAAAUUAAUAAUACAAAUAAAAUUAUUAUAAAAAAUAAUUCAUUAAUUAAUCAAUAUAUUACUGAUAAUUAUCAAUCUAUAAAUAAAUCAAAUAAUAAUGGAACAAUUUUACAAUUAGCUCAUUUAUUAGAUGAAGUAUUAAAUUUAUUUAAAACACAAUUAAACAUAGAAACAACAAAAGACAAUCAAGAUGAUGGUGAUGCUGAGAAGGGGGAGGGGAAGGAUGAGGAGAAAGUUGAUGAUAGGGGGAUUGAUAAAAAUAAUAUUGGAAAAAUAUUAAUGAAUCAUGAAAAUGAUAAUGUUAUUAAUCAUUUAACAGAUAUGAUACAUGAAACAGUAGAGAAAAAUGAAAAUUUUACUUAUACUAAUCAAUUAAUUAAUUCUAGUACAAGUUCUAAUGAAGAAAAUCAUGAAUUAAUAAAUAAUAAUAAUAAUGAUAAAUCAACAUAUUACGAUUCAAUAAAUAAAAUAUUAAAACAUCCAGAAAUUGAAAAACGAUUUCUUCAUUUAGCAAAUUUAUUACAUCAAGUAUCACAUGGAACUCAAUAA